AUGGAAGGUAAAAAGCAACAAAAGCAUUUUGUUCUAGUACAUGGUGUUUGCCAUGGAGCUUGGUGCUGGUACAGGCUACAAUCCCUGCUGGAGGCGGAGGGCCACCGCGUCACGGCGAUUGACCUUGCAGCCUCCGGCAUCAACCCGAAAAAACUAGAUGAGCUUCACACAUUUUCCGACUAUACAGAGCCAUUAUUCGAGGUAAUGGAGUCGAUUCCACCAUACGAAAAGGUGGUUCUAGUUGGACAUAGUCUUGGUGGCAUGAACAUGGCUUUUGCAAUGGAGAAAUAUCCUCACAAGAUUUCUGUUGCUAUUUUUAUUACGGCAAUCAUGCCUGACACUGUACAUAGGCCAAGCUAUUUUUUUGAACAGGGUAUGGAAGANGCUCUUUGGUCCACAGUACACAUCAUCCAAGCUAUAUCAACUAUGCCCUUAUGA